AUGAAACCAUAUAUGCUGCUUGUUUCCUCACCAUCCACUAGCAAUAUCCUUGACCAUACAAACAUCUCUUUUUCUGGUAUCAGCAUUUUGCCUCGCGGGGGUGAUGGGAAACCUGAGCGCCCAGCUUGCGAAGAAGAGGAACGUGCCCUAUACCUCGUGCGUCUAAUCUGUACUCAAAUAAUGAUUCCUAUCAUCUCUGUGGUUGGUGUGACUUCUAAUCUUCUCAAUAUUAUUGUGCUCACAAGGCCCUGCAUGCAGUCUUCUACCAACAUGUAUCUGCGCGCUGUGGCCGUGUGUGAUCUCUUAUACGGUCUAUCAGUGCUGCCCCUAGCUCUGCGUUCAAGUUUAGAGGCCCGAGCUGCGUAUAUGUUGCUGCUACCAUAUUUGAUGGCUCUGGGAAACUUGUGGAGCAAUACAGCAGGCUGGCUAACUUGUACCUUCACUGUGGAACGCUAUAUCGCUGUCUCAGCGCCGAUGCUGGCCCGCAAGUUGUGCACUCGCCAACGCUCCCGUUGGGUAAUCGCCAUUGUCUGUGCCUGUUGCUUCUUGCUUACGCUACCUGAUUUCUUUCAAAUGACAUUAAAGACAAAGCUCACAGAAACCAGCAUUGACAACCAAACAAAGGGAAUUUAUUCUUCAAAAACUAAUAAUAUAAUGGCCGAAUACUUAGCCGUAAUUAAGUUUGGAGUAAAUGCUACCCUCCCCGCAGCAUACAACUAUAGCACUGUUAGGCAAAAAGGAGUAUGUUCUGAAAGCAUGUACAAGCUUGGCAACUCAAAAUAUGGCAACUGGCUCGAUGCUAGUGGCUGGCCUUAUUGCAUCAGCGCUCUCUUUGUCUUUCUUCCACUAAUUACCUUGGGAGUAUUUAAUAUCUUGCUUAUACGUUCCGUGAUAAGGGCGAAUCGGCGAAGGCGUGGAAUGGGUAUCCAAAAGUUUCAAUUUCGGAGUCAAGACUCUACCCUUAAAAUAAAGUCUAUGGAAAGAAUAGACUCGAUUGCUACUGCUGAAAAAUACGGAAAUUCCCCUGAUACCCAACUUGCCUCGAGUACUGAUAAUCCAGUGGAUGAAAUGACGAUUUCAAUUCUAAAACCAAGGUUAGGAACAAUAUUUUCGCAAAGAAAAAAGCCAAAUUCCAAAUUACAUAAAAGUACAAUUAGCAGUCGUGAGCUAGCGUACCAGAGUGGCUAUUUUCAAUGGCGAAGGCGAAAUCAGCCACAUAAUAAUGCCAAAAUAGUAAAGGCAAAUGAAGUCAAAAAAGGCAUACAGCGGGAGUCCUCAAUGAGGUUGAAUUAUGCUUAUCCUCCUGCUACUGACUCAUCCUGCAUCGGGGAUCCUUGGUGGUGUUGCAUCUGCUUUUCACUUAGGAACUGGCGCGUAAGUAGCGACUGGCGUGACAGAGGAGAGAACGUUGAAGUAUCCGAUCCAGAGAUGGCGAAAUCGCAAUCACGACUAGGCAUCAAUGGUCUGGGAAACGCACGUCUUUUGAUGCUUAAUAAUCAUUUGUCUCAGUCUCCAUAUAUAACAGGAACUUUACUAUCUGAUGUAAAAAACAUCGGGGAAAUGAAUCACAAAUGCUUUUUUACUUCGAAAAGAGUGAAAACCAAAGAUAUAGAAGAUGAAAAAACGGAUGCUGUCUGCUCAGAACAAGGUGUUGCCGGUUAUACUGGAAGUGGUGAAGGUAGUGCUCUAGUUACUGGCGCUUGCAGCAUCGGUGGUAGUGCAGGCACUGGCCUAUUCGGCUCUACUGGCACUAGUUUUGGCCCAGGAGGUGGUCAAGAGAGACAAAGGAUCACAGUUAUGCUAAUUGCUGUUGUGGUUGCUUUCUGUCUGUUAAACGUUCCAAGUGCCUUAAUUUCACUCAUGCGACACGUACGAAAUGCACCUGUAUCUGUAACUUCAAAAGCAAAUAGUAGCAAAACAGUGGAUCAUCACUGGGAGAAGCAGCUUCAAAUAGCCGGCAACUUUUCCAAUCUUUUUUUGGUAGUAAACUCAGCUCUUAACUUUUUCUUCUAUUCGUGGUUAAGCCUGCGAUUUCGACGAACUUUCCGCCACCUUCUUGGAUGUAAAUGUGCUAAUAAGCCAGAACGAAUUCUGAGUCUAAAAAGCAGUCUUACACAUCUAUCAAAUAUCAGAACGUCGUACCACAUCAAAGUUUUAAAUAACAUUGUAGAGUUAUAA